UUGGCAGCCACGCCACCUCCUGAUUUGCCAGCCUCGCGCGCAAACCUGGAAACCCAUAGCAAGGUUACCGCUUACCGUACACAAGCGGCGAGGAUGUGGACCUAGGUAAUCCUCGCCCCGCUCGACAGCCCAAGGGCGCGCCUAGCUCUCCACCUUCUCUGACCAUGCAUCUCUCGUCGCGCCUUUGCAGGCUCGCAGCCAAGGCACGCGCUUUCGCACUCCGUCCGCCAACCUUCGCGUAUAUUUUCCUCCUUAUCGUCUUCCUGGAACUGGAGGAAAGUGUGCAAAGGGCGCCCACGAUACGUCUGCUGGAAAAUGCGAUCUGUCUGCAGCAUUACCACCGCCAGGCUGGCCAUGAUGGCAUCGAGGAGCGCAUGUGCAAGAUCCCACCCAUUCAAUCGAGACUUGCCCAUAUCCGCGGCUUCCUGAGCCUCUUUGAUGCCUUGCCGGUUGUGUUUUUCGCGUCCUUCUUCGGCUCCCUUGCAGAUCGAAUAGGACGGCGCUUCCCCUUCGCCCUCGCCGCCUGCGGCAUCGUUUGUCAAAUGGCUUGGAUAUAUAUGGCUUGCAGCCUGUGGUAUCGAGUCCCAGUCGAAACAGUGUGGAUCUCUUCGCUUUUCCGACUCAUCGGAGGCGGUCCUAAUCUUGCUAUCGCACUAUGCCUCACUAUGGCCUCGGACCUUUCGACGGACGAAAACAGGAGCAAAUCCUUCUACCGCGUGUUCACGGCUUCCUUGGUAACCGAUAUGAUCGGCCCUACUAUCGCGUAUGCGACGCUCCGACAUUCGCUAUGGCUCCCGUAUCUGGUCUGCAGCAUUUCGCUGCUAUGUACCUUUCCCGUAUUGAUACGCAUGCCGGAGACGCUCGCAAAACGCUCCGACAGAGAGGAUGGAGAGGCGCAGGGCCCACUAGAACGGACUGGUCUUACCGCCUACUUCAAGUUCCUUCGGGACUGGCGAAUCUUGGUGGGCGUUGUGACCGUCUUCUUAGCCCAGUUCCGUCAGAACACCAUCGAAGUUCUUCUUCCCUAUGCAUCCGUACGCUUCAAUCUGGAACUCGGCGAGACCGCUACGAUGCUCUCCGUGGUCUCUGCUGUCAACAUUUUCGUCUUUCUAAUUCUACUCCCCUGGGCGACUACAUUUCUGCAGCAAAAGGUUGGACUGUCGGCCCAUUUAGUGAACAUAUACACGGCGCGCACAAGUAGUGCUAUGCUGGCUGUCGGGGCCGCCAUGCUUGCCGCGGCUCCAAACGUAGCUCUCGUCGUCUUCGCUCUUGUGAUUUAUGCCACGGGAUUUGGGGUAAGGCUCUCCAUCCUUGCCGUUGUGACGGCCUUUGUGAGCUCUACGACGGAGACCGCUAGGCUGUAUACGUUGGUUGCAACGACGGAUGCCAUCGCGCAUAUGAUUGCAAGCCCACUGCUUCAAUACAUAUGGGGUAGAGCCCUUCAGAUUGGAGGCCAAUGGCUGAUCCUCCCCUUCAUUGUGCUCAUGGGUAUUUUCAUCCUGGCAUUUCUCACUUCGUGUCUCCUGCGAGAGCAAGGAGUAAAUCAGUCCGAGACCACCUGCAACGAUGAUGAAGAGCCUCUCCUUGCACAAGAUGGAGCAGCCCUCGAGGCGGAGCACUCUCUCGCGUUUGUCACGUAAAGGGUUUUAAUGGGGUUGGAGCAGAGCCUCAUCUUAAAUUACCGUGUUUCACCAGCUGGCGCACGGCGUCGCUUGGUGCCAGGUGGGCUGUCAGGCUACGCAUCAGGUGAUGAAACACGAUCCACGGGUACCGGUAUAAACGAAUUUCACAGUACGGUACCGUAUUUCCCCACUCAACGCACAGACCCCACUCAACGCACAGUUUGAGGAUGGCCAUCACCACUACUUUUGAAGCUGUACAGCCCUAUAUAGAUCUAAUUAU